AUGCCCUUUUCAUGUGGGAACUGGAGAAGAUGGAUCCGGCCGCUGGUCGUCGUGCUGUAUAUUUUACUGCUAUUAGUCGUCCUGCCUUUUUGCAUCUGGGAACUUCAGAAGUCAGGGGUCGGCACGCAUAACAAAGCCUGGUUCAUUGCUGGGAUAUUUGUCUUCAUGACCAUACCCAUAUCAUUAUGGGGCAUUCUCCAGCAUCUGGUGCACUACACUCAGCCAGAGCUUCAGAAACCUAUUAUCAGGAUAUUAUGGAUGGUUCCAAUCUACAGCUUGGACAGUUGGAUUGCUCUGAAAUACCCUGGUAUAGCCAUUUACGUGGACACCUGCAGAGAGUGCUACGAAGCAUACGUCAUCUACAACUUUAUGAUUUUCCUGCUCAACUACCUGGAAAAUCAGUAUCCCAGUUUGGUGAUGAUGCUGGAGGUUCAGGAGCAGCAGAAACAUCUCCCUCCUCUCUGCUGCUGCCCCCCUUGGCCAAUGGGAGAGGUUUUACUGUUGAGAUGUAAACUGGGAGUGCUGCAGUACACUGUUGUAAGACCCGUCACUACAGUAAUUGCCCUAAUCUGCCAGCUGUGUAAAGUGUAUGAUGAAGGCAAUUUUAGUUCAACAAACGCCUGGACAUACCUGGUCAUUGUCAACAAUAUGUCCCAGCUGUUUGCCAUGUACUGCCUGGUGCUGUUCUACCGGGCUCUUAGAGAAGAACUGGGUCCCAUCAAACCAGUGGGAAAAUUCUUAUGUGUCAAAAUGGUGGUGUUUGUCUCUUUUUGGCAAGCUGUGUUCAUUGCUUUGCUGGUGAAAGUGGGUAUUAUCUCAGAAAAACGCACUUGGGACUGGCAAAGCGUGGAAGCUGUAGCUACCGGCUUACAGGACUUCAUCAUCUGUGUGGAGAUGUUUCUUGCAGCCAUUGCCCAUCACUUCAGCUUCACUUACAAACCGUACAUCCAGGACGCUGAGGAGGUUUCUUGCUUUGACUCUUUCAUGGCGAUGUGGGACAUUUCUGAUGUCAGGGCAGACAUCUCUGAACAAGUCCGCAAUGUUGGAAGGACAGUUAUGGGUCGCCCAAGGAAGUUCUACUUUGGUGAAGCGCAAAGUGAUGGCGAGCGGUCGGGCCUUCUCUCUCCAGGGUCUCAAGAUGGCAUCACAGAAGCCGCCUCCAACCCAGUGUCUCCGAAAGGCCAGUAUGAGGGCCUAGGCAGAACUGUCACUCCACACUCUCUGUCAGCUCCUGCUGAGCUUGGCUCGGCCAUGUGGGAUGAAGGUUUAGAGCCUACACCUGAAGAGGCCCCAGACAAAGAAAGGACCAUCCAAAGCAAAGAAACGGCAGAGGGAGAUCUCAUUGUGAUUUCCUAA